AUGGUGCAAACAUUUACAACAGAUAUUGAGCGAUCAAUCGAGGGAUCGUCUGCAAAAGCCGUGAGCACAAAUGAGCUGUCAGGCGGUGCACGUAUCAAUCGGCUUUUCCACGAAAGAUUUCCGUUCGAGAUUGUGAAAAUGGAAAUUGACGAAAAGCAUGUGAGCAGCAUUUUUUCUUUUAAAUUUCAGGAAAUGAGGCGCGAAAUACAAAUUGCAAUCCGGAACAUUCACGGUAUCCGUGUGGGCCUCUUCACUCCCGAUAUGGCAUUCGAAGCAAUCGUGAAGAAGCAGAUCGAACGCCUCAAGGAACCGUCACUGAAAUGUGUCGAUUUAGUGGUUAACGAACUAGCUGCAGUUAUACGACAGUGCGCAGAAUGCGUUGCACGCUAUCCGAGGUUACGCGAUGAAAUUGAACGGAUUGUGGCGACGAAUAUGCGCGAGAAAGAGCAAUCCGCCAAAUACCAUAUAUCAAUGCUUGUCGAUUAUGAACUUGCGUAUAUGAACACAAAUCAUGAAGAUUUCAUAGGAUUUUCUAAUGCGGAAGCUAAAGCUUCGUCAACAUCGCAAAAGAAGAAUCUUGGCAAUCAGGUUAUCCGAAAGGGAUGGCUCUCAGUGCAUAAUAUUUCUUUUGUGCGUGGAUCCAGAGAUUGCUGGUUUGUGCUUACAUCGGACAGUUUAUCGUGGUAUAAAGACGACGAAGUAUGUGCAUUUUUUCUUUUGUUUUAA